AUGUUUCCUUACCGUCUCAUCUUUGGCAAGGCGUGCCAUUUGCCACUAGAAUUGGAACACAAAGCGUUUUGGGCAACAAGAAAGCUCAACAUGGAUCUACAAGCUUCCGGGAAAGCAAGGUUGCUGCAGUUAGAUGAGUUGGAAGAGAUGCGGAUGUUUUCGUAUGAGAACGUAAAGUUGUACAAAGAGAAGACUAAAAGAUGGCAUGACAUGAGGAUAAAACCAAGAGUAUUUGAGCUAGGACAACAGGUGCUGUUAUAUAAUUCGAGGCUGAAAUUAUUCCCAGGCAAACUCAAAUCCAGAUGGUCGGGACCAUUCACAGUUGCUACUGUUUUUCCACAUGGAGCUAUGAAAUUACAAGAGGAGAAAUCAGGGAGGAAGUUCUUGGUAAACGGACAGCGAAUCAAGCCUUAUUGGGGAGGACCUAUGGAACGUUCCAAGACCUCUAUCACAUUGAGUGAUAACUGA